AUGGAUCGAGGGUUUCCGAAAUGCAUUGCGAAUAAGACAGUGAUUGGAAUUGGGACAGGCACUACAGUUGAAAGAUACAUAGAUGCAUUACAUCACGACGCGACGUAUGUACCCUCCAGCAUUAGGACGGCACUGAUACUUAGCGAAAAAGGCUUUACCGUUUCAAGUCCUUUGGCCCAUGGAGUCCUAGACCUAUACAUAGAUGGGGCGGAUUACUUUGACAAGAAUGGGAACAUGAUUAAGGGAGGGGGAGGGGCAUUGACCACAGAAAAGCUGCUUUACUCCAUGGCCAAAGAGACCAUUAUAAUAGUUCAGAGUCACAAAUACAGGGAAACAUUUGAUGGAUGUUUUAUUCCUGUUGAAGCCAUUCCCACAUCUCUUUUGAAACUUAUUUCAACCCUAGAAGGAAGUGGGUUGAAGUAUUGUUUAAGGGAGACUGAUGGAAAGAUGGGACCAUUGAUCACCGACUUAGGGAACUGCAUAGUUGAUGUAGAAUAUGACGAUGUAUUUAUAUCAUCGUGCAAGAGCAUUUGUGGUGUUGUAGAGCAUGGGCUGUUCGAGUCGGUUGGAAAUACCACAAUUGUCGAAGAAGAUGGAAACAAUUGA